AAGGACCCCAAGGGGAAAUCUGUUCGCCGUUUCUGGACGCGAGGAACAUUGGCACUGUGGCACUGAAGAUGCAGCUUGGGGAGUGCCACACCUCGCACAGCCAGCGAGUGAGUGUGGACGUGUUUGCAGAGCAUGGCACCUUUCGGACACUGCUGAGGCACUCUCUUCUCUCCUGGACUCUGGAUACGUACACUAUACCCGUGCAAAAGGAGAACCAGCUUCACCAUACCAGGUUCUGCGUGGAGCAACAGGAGGAGAUGGGGCAGGACGUCGACGUGUGGCUCCUUCAGGAGGUCCUCGCCCUGCCGUGGCUCCCGACGCGCCCGGAGUUCUUCUUCCAGGCCCGAGUGAACCUGGAAUGCGGCGAGGGCGCGGAGGAGGUGGCGGAGGUGGACGUGGAGAGCAGCGCAGACGGAGGACGCAGCUGGUCGUCGCUGCACAGGAGGUGUCUGCCGGGGGCCUGCAUGGGCGGCCACUCGGCGCUCACGUCCACCGUCACGAGGCAUGCGGUCGAGGGGUAA